AUGGCCCCGCUGGCCGCCCUGCUGCUGGCCGCCCUGCUAGCCCCGGGCCGGGCGUGCCCGGAGCCCUGCGCUUGCGUGGACAAGUACGCGCACCAGUUCGCCGACUGCGCCUACAAGGAGCUGCGGGCCGUGCCCGCGGGGCUGCCCGCCAACGUGACCACGCUGAGCCUGUCGGCCAACAAGAUCGGCUCGCUGCCGCGCGGCGCSUUCGCCGAGGUGGGCCAGGUGAGCUCGCUGUGGCUGGCGCAYAACGAGAUCGCCACCAUCGAGCCGGGCGCGCUGGCCGUGCUGGCGCAGCUCAAGAACCUGGACGUGAGCCACAACCGGAUCGCCGAGUUCCCCUGGCAGGACCUGCGCAACCUGAGCGCGCUGCAGCUGCUCAAGAUGAACCACAACCGCAUGGCYUCGGUGCCCCGCGACGCCUUCCGCGCCCUGCGCGACCUGCGCUCGCUGCGCAUCAAUGACAACCGCUUCGCCACGCUGGCCGAGGGCAUCUUCGACUCGCUGGGCUCGCUGUCGCACCUGCAGAUCUACAACAACCCGUUCGAGUGCUCCUGCGCGCUGCGCUGGCUCAAGGGCUGGAUGGAGAGCACGCUCAUCUCCAUCCCCGAGAAGGACUCCAUCGCCUGCGCGCUGCCCGAGCGCCUGCGGGGGGUGCCGGUGGCCAAGAUCCCGGAGCUGGCGUGCGCCGCGCCCACCGUCAGCCUCAGCUACACGCCCAACGCGGACGCGGCCGAGCUGCCGGACGGGCUGGUGCUCAGCCUGCACUGCGCCGUGACCGGCUCGCCGCCGCCCGAGGUCACCUGGAAGAUCCGCACGGGCUCCGGCCAGAGCCUGGAGCUGGGCGUGGACGGCGCGGGCAAGGAGGAGGCGGCGGCGCCGCGGGAGCCCGAGCGCUUCCUGGUGUUCAAGAACGGCACCCUGGUGAUCCCGCGCCUGAGCAAGCGCGAGGARGGCACCUACACCUGCGUGGCCACCAACGAGCUGGGCACCAACAGCACCUCGGUCAACGUGGCGGUGGCGGGCGCGCAGAAAUACCCGGCGCAGCCGCCCGGCGCCAAGGGACGCGCGACAGGUGACAAAGGGGCCGAGGGCGCCAAGAACAGCGUGCUGACGCCGGAGGAGCGCGGCAAAGCGCUGGGCCCCACCCGGCAGAGCCAGCCCUCCUCUUCCUCGGCCGGGGCGGCGGCGGGCGGCGCGGAGCCCGAAGGACCGGAGCGGGCCGCGCCUUUCGAGCCGCCGGGCCCGGAGACCAAGUGCGGCUCCGCGGRCGGCGGCGGCGGCCGCUACGUGUCCAACCACGCGUUCAACCAGAGCGGCGAGCUGAAGCAGCACCGCUUCGAGCUGGGCGUGAUCGCGCUGGACGUGGCCGAGCGAGAGGCCCGAGUGCAGCUGACCCCGAGCCGCCCUCCGGCCGGGCGCGGCCAGCCCGGGGUGCUGUACCUGUGCCAGCAGAGCCCCCGCGGGCUCGCCCUGCUGCARUGGUCGCGCAUCGAGGACGGCGUGAACUCGUACCGCUUCCGCGGCCUCAGGCCCGGCACCAACUACUCGGUGUGCCUGGGAGCGCCGGGCGGCGACGAGUGCCAGGUGCAGGUGGUGUUCAGCACCAAGAAGGAGGUGCCCUCGCUGCUAGUCAUCGUGGCGGUCAGCGUGUUCCUGCUGCUGCUGGCCACGCUGCCGCUGCUGGGCGCCGCCUGGUGCCACCUGCUCGCCAAAUAUCGCGGCAAGCCCUACAAGCUCAUCGUCAAGGCGCGCAACGCCGACCCCAUGGAGAAGAGCAUGGCCGCCGACUUCGACCCCCGCGCGUCCUACCUGGAGUCCGAGAAGAAUUUCGACCCCUCCGGCCGGGCGGUGGAGGCCGCGGAGGAGGAGGAGGACGACGACGAGGAGGAGGAGGAUGAGGAAGGAGGGCGGUGGAGGCGGAGGAGGGAAGGGGAAGGAGAAGGCGCGGCCGAGCCGGAGCGCGAGGGCAGCGUGGCCGCCGGCUCCAUGGCCGAAUCGCAGUCCAAGGGGGGCGCCGAGGAGUUCGAGGUGCGCUCCGAGUACAGCGACAAGCUGCCGCUGGGCGCCGAGGCCGGCACCAUGGCGCACGAGAUCAAUGGCAACUACCGGCAGCGCCCCAAAUUCCUCUUUCCUGAAACCAAUUCGGUCCCCGGCGGGUUCCCGCCGCUCCUCGGUCCGGUUCCGAGCCGUGUUGGGCAGGAAUUCCCACCUUUUGACCCCUAUUUUGCCCAGAAAUUCCCAUAUUUUACCCUGUUUAGGGCAGAAAUUCACAGAUUUUACCCCUUUUUGGGUAGAAAUUCCCAGAUUUUACCCAUUUUUGCCCAUAAAUCCCCAGAUUUCCCCCCAGUUUUGGUCAGAAAUUCCCAAUUUUUAUCCCUAUUUUGCUCAGAAAUCCCCAGAUUUCCCCCCUUUUUUUCCCAGAAAUCCCCAGCUUUACCCCUUUUUUGCCCAGAAUUCCCAGCUUUUACCCCUUUUUGUCCAGAAAUUCCCAGUUUUCUCCCCUAUUUUGCCCAGCAAUCCCCAUUUUCCUUGAUUUAUUCCCAUUUUAAUCUCACCCCCCUCUCCCCCCAUUCCCGUCCGGAGCUCCCGGUCCCUCCCGGCCGCGCUGACCGCUGUCCCCGUGUCCCUCAGGAUCUCAGGAUGYUCAAACCCCGCUCCGUGCCGCUCCGCCUGGCCCUGGCCGCGCUGCUGUCGCCUCUGCUGUCCCCUCAGCCGUCCCCGGUGCCACCCCCGGUGCCACCGCCGGUGCCACCCGCGGGCUGCCCCAGCCCCUGCUCGUGCUCGGCCAAGAGGAACGGGCGGCUGCUGGCCGAGUGCGCGUACCGCGAGCUGCGCGAGGUGCCGCGGGGUUUGUCCCCGAAUGUCACCAUCCUCACCCUGUCCGCCAACCGCCUGGGCCACCUGGGCCGCGGGGCGCUGGCCGAGGCUCCCGAGCUGCAGUCGCUGUGGCUGGGCUACAACCGCAUCUCCGCCGUGGAGCCCGGAGCGCUGGCGGCGCUGCCGCAGCUCCGCAACCUGGACCUGAGCCACAACCGGCUGGAGGAGUUCCCGUGGAGGGACCUGCGCAACCUGAGCGCGCUGCAGAUCCUGCGGCUGGACCACAACCGCCUGGCGCGGGUGGACCGCGACGCCUUCGCGGAGCUGCGGCAGCUGCGCUCGCUGUGGCUCAACGACAACGAGCUGAGCGUGCUGGCCGAGGGCACGCUGGAGGCGCUGCCGGCGCUGGCGCAGCUGCAGCUCUUCCACAACCCGUUCGAGUGCUCCUGCAAGCUCUGGUGGCUCUCCCGCUGGCUCCGCGGCGGCUCCGUGGCGCUGGCCAGGCCCGGCUCCACGCUGUGCGCGGCCCCGGCGCGGCUCCGCGGCCGCCAGGUGACGGCCAUGCCCGCGGAGCUCUGCGUGCCGCCGUCCGCGCACCUCACCUACCUGGGCAGCGCGGGGCUGGCCGGAGCUCAGGACGGGCUCACGCUCACCCUGCACUGCAGCGUGGCCGGGGCUCCCGCUCCGGAGAUCCACUGGAGCAUCCGCACCUCCUCGGGCCGCCGCGUGGAGAUCCGCGGGCCCACGGCGGGGCCGGGCCGCUGGCGGGCCUUCAAGAACGGCACCAUGGCCGUGCCCGACUUCGGCAAGGACGACGAGGGCACCUACACGUGCCUGGCGGUCAACGAGCUGGGCGUGCGCGACGUGUCGGUCAACGUGGCGCUGUCCGGUUCGGCCGAUCCGGCCGAGGAGCUGCCCCGCGAUGACCCCCGCGCCGGGCAGCCGCCCUGCUCCGAGCGCGCCGAGGCGGAGGCGGCGGGCGGCGCGGAGCAGCUGCUCAUCGUUUACCACGUGCGGAGCGGAGCGGCCGAGCCCCGAGUGCGCCAGGGGCUGCUGCUGCUGCUGCUGCUGCUCGGGGCGCUGCUCCGCUGCUGAAUUCUCCGCGUUCUCACCCGCUUUGGGGCGGUCCGGGAGCGCUCCCGGGUGCGGGGCCGGGCCUUGAGGAGCUCCGAGAAUGGGGAAAGGAUCCGGACCGGAGCUGCGGUCACAUUCCGGGUGUCCCCAAGUGCCACAUUCCCGUUUUUUGCCCCGGUUUGGUGCUCUCGGAGCGCUUUUGGUGCGGGGCGGAUCCUUGAGGAGCUCCGGGAAUGCGGGGCGAAGCUGCGGUCACAUCCCGGGGGUCCCAAAGUGUCACA